AAAGAAAAGCAAAAAGAAAGAAAGUAAAGAAAAGACAAGACGGGUGUCCCUCUUUGGAUGCUUGGUUUGGGUGCGGACCUAUUGUUGGCCGACAUGAAUCGUCUCCUCUCAUUUCUUUUCCAUGAGGGGGUGUUGGACGAGCAAUUUUUGCACCUUCAUCAGCUUCAAGAUCACACCUCCCCUAACUUCGUCUCUCAAGUCAUCAACAUUUAUUUCCAUGAGUCCGAGAAACUACUCAACAAUCUCAGAUCAUUACUAACGGAUAGAGAGUUAUCGGACUAUAAGAAAAUUGAAAUACAUUUGAAUCAGUUAAUUGGUAGCAGCUCAAGCAUUGGUGCUAAGAGAGUCACUACCGUUUGCAUUGCGUUUCGUUCAGCUACUAACCGUGCUGGGUGCUUGCGAGCCUUGGAGAUGCUUGAACAUGAAUAUUGCUAUCUUAAGAAUAAAUUGCAUGAACUCUUUCAAAUUGAGCAGCAACGUGCUUUGGCAGCAGGAGUGAGAUAUCCUAUGCAGAAUCAAUAAGUAUAACAUUUUUCAUUUUUCAUUUUUCUUCUUACUAGUUUUGUUAGGCUAAUGGCAUGCAUGCCUUUAUAGUUUUAGACACAAAUAUUCAAGCUCUUCUUGGUUUCUGUAUGCUCAUCAAUGCCUCUCUCUCUUGUUUUCAAUUCUCUCGUGUAAAUAGUGCCAUCCUAGCUACUUCAUCUUGCAGUUCAAUGAAAAUGGAUUCAUUAAUAGAGGUCAUUUGAUGUUA